AUGCCGCGUAAACUAUGGGAGCAUCCAGAUCCAACGUCGACGGCCAUGUGGAAAUUCAUGCAAAAUGCGAAUGCUAAGUAUGGGCUGAAGAUGGAGGCAAGUCACCAACCUCUUCAUUUUGAGAGCUACCGUGAUUUGUACGCGUGGAGUGUUGGCCCAAACCGAACUGAUUUCUGGAACGACGUGUGGACGAUAUCCAACUUGAUCCAUUCUGGUUCUUACAAUCAGGUCGUCGACACCUCAACUCCAAUGGAAGAAAACCCCCACUGGUUCCACGGCACAUAUCUCAACUUUGCAGAAAACAUCCUCUUUACCGCAUCUGACACGGACUCGUCGCGUUGUACUACCCUCUACAAAGAAGAUGACAAAAUCGCGUUGACGGAGAUCCGAGAAGGAAAUACAGAUGUCGCGCAUCUAACUUGGGGCGAGCUUCGCCGGCGCGUGGGUCUCCUCUCCAAUGCGCUGCGUGCAAAGGGUGUGCAGAAAGGAGAUCGAGUCGCCCUCAUUGCGUCUACCAGUUUCGACACGUUCAUCGUUUUCAUGGCUACAGUCAGCUUAGGCGCGCUCUUCAGCUCUAGCAGUACCGACAUGGGCGCAAAAGGCAUUCUCGAGCGCCUCGUGCAGAUCAAGCCAAAAUAUGUCUUUGUGGACGACUGGGCUGUGUACAAUGGCAAGACGAUCGAUCUGCGGCCCAAGAUUAGCCAGCUUGUUGCUGGUAUGCAGGACGUACCGGAAUUCGAAGGCGUAGUAACACAGCCCCGGUUUCGUGGCUGCCCAGCAGGCAUAGAAGGGCUGGGCAGUACGCAGACACUGGCGACUUUUCUGGAAGCUGCGCAGGGAAAUAAGGGUCUUGUUUUCGAGCGAGUUGCUUUUCGCGACCCUUUCCUGAUUGUGUAUUCUAGUGGGACGACGGGUGUGCCGAAAUGCAUUGCGCAUUCGACUGGCGGCGUGCUGGUCAACGUGUGCAAAGAGAGUAUUCUGCACAAGGAAGUGACGCCGGAAAGUGUGGUGCUGCAAUAUACAACCACUGGCUGGAUCAUGUACCUAGUAUCCAUCCAAAUCCUCCUCUUCGGCUGCCGCAGCAUCCUCUACGACGGCUCUCCCUUCCGCCCAACCCCCCAAGCCUUCCUCUCCAUCCUCUCCUCACAACGCGUUACAGACUUCGGUACAUCCCCCCGCUUCCUACACGAGCUCCAGAAAAGGAAUAUCCAGCCACGCUCACUGUUCGACCUGUCGCACCUCAAAAGCGUAGGCACAACGGGCAUGGUACUCCCCGAAGCGCAAUUCACUUGGUUCUAUGACGACGCCUUCCCUGCCUCCGUCCACCUCAGAAACAUUUCCGGCGGCACCGACAUUGCGGGUCGGUUCGGCAUGGAAAACCCCUUAGAACCCCUCUACGCAGGCGGAUGCCAAGGUCCCUGCUUGGGCACAAAAGUCGAAGUCUACAACGCCCUGGUCCCUAGCGGCCAUGCGGGAGAAGCAGUCCCAGACGGUGUGGCGGGCGAGCUAGUCGCCACGGCCUCGUUUCCCAACCAGCCCGUUUGCUUUUGGGGCGACGACGCCGCAGGGAAAAAGUACAAGGCAGCGUACUAUGCGCGCUUCCCGAAUGUCUGGACACACGGCGACUUCAUCCAGAUGCACCCCGUCACGGGCCAGAUAUUCUUUCUUGGCCGUGCAGACGGCGUGUUGAAUCCGAGUGGUGUGCGCUUUGGGUCCGCAGAUAUUUACAGUGUCAUUGAAGCGCAUUUCCCAGAGGUCGCGGAUUGCAUUGUUGUGGGGCAGCGCCGCCCGCAGGAUGCGGAUGAGAGUGUCAUGUUGUUUUUGAAAAUGGCUAGGGGGUGUGAGUUUAGAGAGGGGUUGGUCGAGCGGAUUAAGAGUAAGAUUGCGGAAGAGAGGAGUAAGAGGCAUGUUCCGAGGUUUGUGUUUCAGACUUGGGAGAUUCCGACAACCGUAAACCUCAAAAAAGUCGAACUCCCCGUCAAGCAAAUUGUCUCAGGAAAAAAGAUCAAACCCAGCGGCACACUGCUAAAUCCGCAAUCGCUAAAGUUCUACGAGCAAUUCGCUAACGUGGAAGAGGUGGUCACGAGGCUGAAUAAAGAGAAGAAGGUUAGGAGGAGAUGUACGUUGUAG